GGCUGUAAAUGUAAUACUCAUAAAUGUCAAUAUUAAAAUAUCGAUUUGUGUUUGCAGGUGGUAUGUGUAGUGCAUCCCUGAGAAAUGAUCUGUUCUAUAAUAUGCAGAUGUGCACGGACAGCUGCAGUAUCAGCGUUACAACCAGCAGAGGGCGUUAGAGAUCUGUGUUUGUGUCUGAAACCGGUACAGACUGAGGACGCUCUGAGUCCUCCUUUUUGUGCAUGAAACCAUCCUCCACUCGCCGGUCCACUCUUUCUUCUGCUCUGACAUUAACCCUCUGUUUUUUUCAAAUCAUUAUUUGUUUUAUUCGGCCGGUUCUGCGAUCGCCUCGUCCCCCCCCCCUCGCUGUUCUCAGAUCAGCUGCACCGGACGGAUCCGUGUCUGUAUCUCCAGCUGUGUGGCUCCAGUCCCGCAGGCAGGGUCGGCCAUGUUGUUGUGUGGGGGUUGAUGCAAGUUUAGUAGUAGGAAGUAGAAGCUACAAAGAGGUGGAAUACUUUAGGAUCUCACUUUUUUUUUCAAACCACUGUCAUGCUGCUGCCGGAUUCAUCCUCUCUGACCUCUCUGCUCUGAAAACCAUGACUGACUCCUCCACCAGCUCCGCCAUCCUCACACACUCCAACACUUGAGCUGCUUUGAUUUAACUUCAGCACUAAAAAAUCUGACCACAGUUCCUCUUGCUGGAUGGAUGAAGUGAGGAUGAUGAAGGCGGCUCGGUCCCGGUUGGAAUAACUCGGAUUUUUUUUUUCCCGGAUCUGAUUGAAGGUUGAGGGGAAGGAAGGGGGGAUAAAGGAGAAAACACCCAAGAAAGACGCGGAUCUGUGAAGGAAGGGAGAGACGAUGGGCUGCAUAAAGAGCAAAGAGGACAAAGGCCCCACAAUGAAGUAUCAGCCAGAGAAUUCCCUGGCGUCAGACCCCAACGCCGCCGCAACCACGCCUCAUGUAGGUCACUACGGGCCGGAUCCCACCCAGUUGCAGCAGAAUCAGCCUCCAUCAUCCACAUCUGGAUCUGUGGUUGCAAAUUUUAACCACACCCUCACACCGUUUGGUGGAUCCUCAUCCGCCAUUACUCCAUUUGGAGGGAUGUCGUCCUCCUUCUCUGGCCCUGUGUCCAACUCAUUCUCUGGUGCUGUCUCAAGUGGUGUUACAUUCUUUGUGGCCUUAUAUGACUAUGAAGCCAGAACAUCAGAUGAUCUUACAUUUAAAAAGGGAGAUCGCUUCCAGAUCAUCAACAAUACAGAAGGAGACUGGUGGGAGGCUCGUUCCAUCAACACAGGGAAGAAAGGCUACAUCCCAAGCAAUUAUGUGGCCCCUGCUGACUCCAUCCAGGCUGAAGAGUGGUACUUUGGUAAAAUGGGCCGCAAAGAUGCUGAGAGGUUGCUGCUCAAUACAGGGAACAAUCAAGGAACUUUCUUGGUCCGAGAAAGUGAAACUACUAAAGGUGCUUAUUCUCUCUCCAUACGAGACUGGGAUGAAGCCAAAGGAGACAAUGUGAAACACUACAAGAUCCGCAAGCUUGACAACGGGGGAUACUAUAUCACUACGCGAGCACAGUUUGACACAUUACAGAAGCUUGUCAAACACUAUACAGAGCAUGCCGACGGGCUGUGCCACAGGCUGACCACGGUUUGCCCCACGGUGAAGCCUCAGACCCAGGGGCUCGCCAAAGAUGCCUGGGAGAUUCCCCGGGAGUCCCUGCGACUGGAGCUCAAGCUGGGCCAGGGCUGCUUCGGAGAGGUCUGGAUGGGCACGUGGAAUGGCACCACUAAGGUGGCCAUAAAGACGCUGAAGCCGGGAACCAUGUCGCCUGAGGCUUUCCUCCAAGAGGCUCAGAUCAUGAAGAAGCUCAGACACGACAAACUGGUGCCUCUCUAUGCAGUGGUGUCCGAGGAACCCAUCUACAUCGUCACAGAGUACAUGUCCAAAGGAAGCUUGCUUGACUUCCUCAAAGAAGGCGACGGCAAAUUCUUGAAGCUCGUCUUGCUGGUGGAUAUGGCUGCAAAGAUCGCUGAUGGCAUGGCUUUCAUCGAAAGGAUGAACUACAUCCACAGGGACCUGCGUGCUGCCAAUAUCCUCGUGGGCGACAACCUGGUGUGCAAGAUCGCCGACUUUGGUCUGGCCAGGUUGAUAGAGGACAAUGAGUACACAGCCAGGCAAGGAGCCAAAUUCCCCAUUAAAUGGACGGCCCCGGAGGCUGCGCUGUACGGCCGCUUCACCAUCAAGUCAGACGUCUGGUCCUUCGGCAUCUUACUCACCGAGCUCGUCACCAAAGGCAGAGUUCCCUACCCAGGUAUGGUGAACAGGGAGGUGCUGGAGCAGGUGGAGCGAGGCUACCGCAUGCCCUGCCCCCAGGGUUGCCCUGAGUCCCUGCACGAGAUGAUGAAGCUCUGCUGGAAGAAGGAGCCGGACGAGAGGCCCACAUUCGAGUACCUCCAGUCUUUCCUGGAGGACUAUUUCACCGCCACGGAGCCCCAGUAUCAGCCUGGAGAGAACCUAUAGCCUGCCUGGACCAAGCAGUCCCAGGAUGAGACUUAUUUGAAGGCAGAGAAGGCGGGAGCUGAAGAUUUUGACUCGAAAAAAAGUCGACUGAUGAAAAAAGUCACGUGAACCACUACUUGCGCUACUUUUUCCUUAUUUUUUGGUUCUGCAUCCAGUGUCUGCCUGGCAUUUUGUUGUAUUUUUGUAUUUUUUGUGUUCAUUCAUGGUACUACUUAAUUCUUAGCUGUGAGAAAUUAUGAUUUUCAUGUGGAUUUAAUCAUCAUGUACAAAAUGGCAGACUCUGGAUAUGGACACUUCAUUUCAGAAGUGAGUUACAUCCACAGCUCAUAAACACAGCACCAUGCUGUGAAACAAGCUGUGAUUAUGUCUCACAAAGGAAAAAUGUAUUAUUGAGAGUAUCAGGCCCUCUAUGUGUUUUAAUAUGGAGAUCUCACACUCCAUUGUUCUCCAAAUUGUAGUCUUUGUGGUAGAUUCAUAAAUUAUGCAUCAAAACAAUUAAUUAUUGACAGAGAUAAUAUGUUGAAGUAAUAGGGAGAAGCUCUCAGGGGGUUGAUGGUCAUUAUCAUAGUCCAUUUGACAGUGAUUAUUUAAAAGCAAAUCCCACACUGCUUUAUUUACAUUUCAUCAGUUACAGUGCAAUUUUUUAUUUGUUACAAAUGAGUGAUUAGAGAGAGACUGGCACCAUCUUAUUCCUCUCUGGUCUUUGCUUUUGAAUUUAUUUUAUGUUAUGUUCCUUUAAGAAAUUAUUCAUAUCAUGUGGACAUGGUUUUAUAGCUUCAUUUGAAGUCCUUCCUCACUGUCCAUCAUCGCCCAGAAAUCUCUGCUUAGCAAAGACUUUUUUAUAACAGUCGGUUGUAUAAUCUCACUGUGAUGACUGCAGAGACAUGCUUACAUAAAAACUGUAUAAUGUGUAAGCGGGUUUCACUUUACAGCAAAACAACAGUGAUCAGACUCGUAGACUUGUACUUUCUUGCCAAGCUGGAAUGACACUACACAUAUGACAUUGCUGCCUAACCAGCAUGCGGGAGGAUUUUACUGGCUGCAGAACAAUUUUUUGAAGGUGGAGAACAUGAAAAAAGCCUCCAAAUAACAUGGAAACAACCAUCUUUACCUUCUAAAAAUGUGACUGCUGAAGAACUCUCAAGAGUCUUAACUUCAUGUAUCCAAGGUGGCUCUGCAAAAACUAUUUGUACAGCAGUCAUGACAGUUUUUUUAACAGUGACUUUCUCCUUCCUUUUAGUUCCUGUAUGGACUCAUCAGGACAGUAUUAUGAUUAAAGAACGGACGUCUGCGCUUGUAAAGAAGGGCUUUAUAUAUAUCAUAAAAUCCUCAUUUUAUAUUAUUAUUAUUAUUAUUA